AUGGACGACUAUGACGAGUUCGGCAACUACAUCGGGCCUCUCUCCGACUCCGACGAGGGCUCUCAGGACGAGCAGGACGUCUCCUACGGCCAGCAACAGCAGCAGCAGCAGCAGCAGCCCGAAGAUGACAUGCCACCGCUAGAGGAGCCCGAGCCGUUGGAAGGCUACGACGACGGCGACGUGCCCAUGGACGAAGAGGGCAACUUCCGGCCAGAACUCCAGAUGAUCCGCGUAGACGAGGCAUCCUCAAACGCAGUCGUCCUCCACGAGGACAAAAAGUACUACCCGACCGCAGAGGAAAUCUACGGCGAGGACGUCGAGGCCCUCGUCCAGGAGGAGGACGCGCAGCCCCUCACGCAGCCCAUCGUCGAGCCCGUCAAGGUGCGCCGCUUUGCCAUCCAGGAGGAAGGGCUGCCAGAGACGCGCUUCGAGCGCGAGUUCAUGGUCAACCUCAUGGGCUUCCCCGACAUGGUCCGCAACGUCGCCGUCGUCGGCCACCUCCACCACGGCAAGACCAGCCUGAUGGACAUGCUCGUCUUUGAAACGCACAAGAUGGAGGUCAACGUCGACAAGCACACCCGCUACACCGACUCGCACCUCCUCGAGCGCGACCGCGGCAUCUCGAUCAAGUCGGCGCCCCUCUCGCUGGCGCUCCAGUCGACGCGCGGCAAGAGCUACCUCUUCAACAUGAUCGACACGCCUGGCCACACCAACUUCCAGGACGAGGUGGCCGCCGGCGUCCGGCUGGCCGACGGCGUCAUCCUCGUCGUCGACGUCGUCGAGGGCGUCAUGUGCAACACCGAGGCCACCAUCAAGCACGCCAUCCGCGAGGGCCUGCCCAUCGUGCUCGUCCUCAACAAGAUCGACCGCCUCAUCCUCGAGCUGCGCCUGCCGCCGCGCGAGGCCUACUUCAAGAUCCGGCACGCCAUCGAGGAGGUCAACAACGUCAUCGGCUCCUGCGAUCCCGACCCGGCGAGGCGGCUGGGCCCCGAGCGGGGAAACGUCGCCUUUGCCAGCACCCAGACGGGCUGGUGCUUUACGCUGCGCAGCUUCGCCAAGCUCUACGCCGACACCUACGGCGGCGUCGACGUCGACGAGUUCGCAAAGAGGCUGUGGGGCAACAUCUACUUUAGCGACGAGUCGCGCAACUUUUCGAGAAAGGCGCCCGACCCCGAAGCCAAGCGCAGCUUCGUCCACUUUAUCCUCGAGCCCCUCUACAAGCUCUAUACCCAGGUGCUCUCGUCGGACACCGACAGCCUGCGGCAGACGCUCGUCGGGCUCGGCAUCCACCUCAAGCCGGCCGUGUUCAAGAUCGACGUGCGGCCGCUGCUCAAGAUUGUGCUCAACCAGUUCUUUGGGCCGAGCAGCGGCCUGGUCGACAUUGUCGUCGACCACGUGCCGAGCGCCAAGGAGGCCGCCAGGGCCAAGGUCGACCGCACCUACACGGGCCCGCGCUCCGGACCCGUCUACGAUGCCAUGGCGGCGUGCGAUGCCGACGGCCCGCUGGUGGUCCAGGUGACGAAGCUGUACCAGACCAUCGACGCCACCGACUUCCGCGCGUUCGGCCGGGUGCUGAGCGGCACCGCGCGGCCAGGGACGGGCGUCAAGGUGCUGGGCGAGGGCUACUCGCAGGAAGACGAGGAGGACAUGGUGCUGGCGACGAUCGAAAGUACCUGGAUCAGCGAGACGCGGUACGCCGUCGAGACCGAGGGCGUGCCGGCGGGCAGCUGGGUGCUGCUGAGCGGCGUCGAGGCGUCGAUCUCCAAGACGGCCACCAUCGUCGAUGCGUCGCUCGGCUCGGACGACACCCACAUCCUGUCUCCGCUGUCGCACAUGACCGAGAGCGUGCUCAAGGUGGCCGUGGAGCCGCUCAACCCGUCGGAGCUGCCCAAGAUGCUCGAGGGCCUGCGCAAGAUCAACAAGAGCUACCCGCUCGCCGUGACAAAGGUCGAGGAGAGCGGCGAGCACAUCAUCCUCGGCACGGGCGAGCUCUACCUCGACUGCGUCAUGCACGACCUGCGCAUCCUGUUUAGCGAGAUCGAGAUCCGCAUCAGCGAUCCCGUCGUCAAGUUCUGCGAGACGGUCGUCGAGACGAGCGCGGUCAAGUGCUACGCCGCGACGCCCAACAAGAAAAACAAGCUCACCGUCAUCUGCGAGCCGCUCGAGAAGGGCAUCGCCGAGGACAUCGAGAGCGGCAGGAUCAACAUCCGGAUGCCGCCCAAGCAGCUGGGCAAGGUCUUUCAGGAAAAGUACGGCUGGGACCUGCUGGCCUCGCGGUCCAUCUGGGCCUUUGGUCCCGACGACAACGGGCCCAACAUCCUCGUCGACGACACGCUGCCGUCCGAGGUGGACAAGAAGCUGCUCUACACGGUGCGCGAGAGCAUCAAGCAGGGCUUCCAGUGGGGCACCCGCGAGGGCCCGCUGUGCGACGAGCCGAUCCGCAACGUCAAGUUCCGCAUCCUCGACGCCUCGCUCGCCCCGGAGCCCAUCCACCGCGGCGGCGGCCAGAUCAUCCCCACGGCCCGCCGCGCGUGCUACGCCGCCUUCCUGAUGGCCACGCCGCGGCUGAUGGAGCCCAUCUACUUUGUCGAGGUGCAGGCGCCCGCCGACUGCGUCUCGGCCGUCUACACGGUGCUGGCGAGGCGGAGAGGCCACGUGACCCAGGACGUGCCCAAGCCCGGUUCGCCGCUCUACACCGUCCGCGCCUACAUCCCCGUCAUGGACGCCAACGGCUUCGAGACCGACCUGCGCACCCACACGCAGGGCCAGGCCUUCUGCCUCCAGAUGUUCAGCCACUGGAGCGUCGUCCCCGGAUCGCCGACCGACACGAGCAUCAACCUGCGGCCCCUCGAGCCCGCGCCGCCCCUCGGCCUCGCGCGCGACUUUGUGCUCAAGACGCGGAGGAGAAAGGGCCUGGGCGAUACGAUCGCGGUCAGCUCGUACCUCGAUGCCGAGAUGACGGUCGCCCUCGCGCAGGCCGGCAUCGAGGUUUAG